AUGGGGUUCAACUGGGUCGACUUUAAGAAGAGCAUUGAAGUGCCAAAGCACGAUGACUCGCACUAUGAAAACACGACAUGGUGCAACCGAGACCUCAUCCCAAUUCCGCCCGCACGCCGCACCUUUGGCGUCUGGUCCUAUUUUGGCUACUGGACCGUCUCCGGCUCCUGCAUCUCGGCCUGGUCCGUCGGCAGCACCCUUCUGGCCUACGGCCUGAGUCCACAGCAGGCGAUUGGAGUCGUGAUCAUCGGCGGUGUCCUGACGGGUGUCCUCGCCGUUGCCUGCGGGUGGCUGGGCGAGGUCCAUCAUAUCGGCUUUACCGUCUCGAGCCGCUCUGCCUGGGGCAUGCGCGGUGCCUACUUCCCCGUCAUUAUUCGCAUCUUUGUUUCGUGCAUGUGGUUCGGUAUGCAGGCGUAUUGGGGCGGACAAGCCACGCGUGUUAUGAUCGGAGCCAUUAUUCCAGGCUUCGCGCAUAUGAAAAACUCCUUCUCGGCGAGCUCGCACUUGGCCACGAAUGAUUUCAUCGGACUCGUCAUUUGGAUGGCUGCCUUUGUUCCGGCGAUCCUGAUCAAGCCCGAGCGCCUGCAGAUUCCCUUCUUCUUCUGCUUUGUUCUCUUCCUCGGCACGUGCAUCGGUUGUCUGGCAUGGAGCACCUCCCAUGCUAGCGGCGCCGGAUCCCUCUUCCACAAGCCUGGAACCGCCGAGAACAAGGGCUGGGCCUUUAUGUUUGGCAUCACGGCCAUUCUGGGCUCCUGGGGCGCCGGCACACUCGGCCAGUCCGACUGGACGCGCUAUGCCAACCGCCGCUACGCGCCCACCGUCUCGCAGAUGAUCGCAUCGCCCGUGACCAUUGCCGUGACGGCCACCAUUGGCAUCAUUGUGACGAGCGCGGCCCACGACAUUCUGGGCGGCGACCUGGUCUGGAACCCCAUUUACCUGCUGGCCGACAUCCAGGAGUUGUACCACUCGAGCCCGCGCGCGCGGGCGGGCGUCUUCUUUGCCAGUCUCGGCUGCGUCGCGUCGCAGAUGUCGAUCUCCGUGGUGCUCAACUCCGUGUCGACGGGUAUGGACAUGGCCGGCUUGAGCCCCAAGUACAUCAACAUCAUCCGUGGCAGCUACGUCAUGGCCAUCGUCGGCAUUGCCACGCAGCCCUGGCAGCUCAUCAGCACCGCCACCAAGUUUGUGUCUGUCCUCAGCGGGUUCGGCGUCUUUAUGGCCCCCGCAACUGGCAUCCUCCUCGCCGACUACCUCGUUAUCCGCAAGCGCAAGCUUCGUCUCAACGAGCUGUACAUGGGCAACUCCAGCUCCAGCUACUGGUUCGUUGCCGGUUUUAACUGGCGCGCUUUUGCCGCCUUUUUCUGUGGUGUCUGGCCACUUUUGCCCGGCCUGGCCGCCACGGUCAAUGGCUACACCGACCCCAAGUGGACCAACUGGACGCGCCUCUACAACCUCACUUUCAUUGUCGGCCUGUCCAUAAGCUUUGUUCUGUUCUGUGCUCUGUCGUACCUCUUCCCGAUGCCCGGCCUCGGCGUGGACAUGCCCUUUGUCGACGAGAUGGAAUUUGUGGACGGCCAGUCGUCGCCUGUCGAUGGCAGCGUCGCCGAGAAGGCCGACCAGCCGAAGCUGGAGGUGUAG